GAACAUGCAAUCAGCUUUUAUGACUGAUGGUAGAGCCAUGACUCGUUGGAAGGAGCCAGAAUAAACUCUGAGCUCACAAAGCAAAGGUUGCAGUAGUAAUGAGAUUGGCGCCUACACCCAGACUCGUCAGACACAGUGAGAGAUCGGCUUUCGAAACAGUGGCUCGGGGUGUGAGCCUCAGUGCCCGGUGGUCCAAAUGGACUCGUUCCUCAUGCUCCGUGGGUUCCACCUCUCGGCACUGCUGCUGCUCACAGCCCCUCUGCUGAAAGUUGUUUCUUUACAACAGUGCACUGCACACAGAGAAUGUUGUGUUCCUGAGUUACUGAUUGAAGUGGAGGAGAAUAAACCCCCGGGCCAAGUGAUCAGUAAUAUCACAAUAACGAAACAGCCCAUCUCCAUCUUGCCACAGAACGGCACUCAGAUAGUCUACGUGGAUGGAGACACAUUGCGGUUAUCAAGAUCUCUGGAUUUCGAGGCAAUGAAAAGUCCAGUGAUCGCCAUCAUACUGCAGUGCGGCCCAGACAAGAAUAAGCUCACUUUACAUCUGGUGGUGACGAAUGUCAACGACAACUCACCGACAUUCCCUGAGAACAAGCUGGAUGCAAACAUCAGUGAGCUGUUUCUCGUGGGUGAGCCCUGGGAGACUGUGACAGCAGUAGAUUUGGACCAGGACCCUAUCUUCUACAGCCUGGACAACAGCACGGAUGGCGCAAAUUUCUUCUUCCUGAAGUCAGAGAAUACGCCUUUGAUCUACCUAAAAAAAGCCUUGGACUACGAGAAGGAAAAGAUGUUAACAUUGAUUCUGAAUUGCAAGGAAACAGCCAACAGCAUAAACAUCAGUGACUCAGUGAACAUUACAGUCCGCAUCAUCGAUGAGGACAACAAGCCGCCAGUGUUUCAGCCAUGCCGCUCCCUGACGGAUGCCAGCUUCUGCCUGAACGCAAAGUACACCGGAAAGAUCAAGCAGUACCAGACCGAGAGCAGCCCUCUGAGCCUCCAGCCACAUCAUAUAUUGGCUGUGGACGGGGACACAGGAAUCAAUGCCACCAUCCUGUACCAGAUUGUAAGCGAUGACCACCGCGCCUUCUGGAUUAACGCAAGUGAUGGCACAUUAACCAUGACCAGAGCUAUCAACAGCAGCGGUCUGGUCACACUCACCAUCCUGGCCAAGCAGGCGGACGACCCCUACAGGUACACCAUGACCAGCGUCACCCUGAUAGUGCUGCCCGUCAACCGAUACCCACCCGAGUUUCCACACAGCAUCUACUUUGGGUCUGUUCAAGCCGGUUCACCGAAGGGAAGUAUCGUCACCAAGCAAGGAUCCAGCACCUUGCCCCUCAGAGUGCAGGCUCAGGACCAGGACCAUCCCAACAAGAUAAGCCCAUUCCUGAAAUACUCCCUCAGCCCAUCUGAUCUGUUCACCAUCACUGAAUUCGGACUGAUCUUCACCAAAGGCAACCUGACAGCAGCGCAGAGCCAGUACGACAUGACGGUGACUGCAAUGGAUGUCGAGCAGGGAGACAAUUGUUCGGCCAUAAUUAACUUGCUGGUGUCCAGUCCUGAUGCACCAGGCACAGUAACAACUACAACCCGAGGACCAGCAUCAACGAAACCACGAACUGACCCAACAUUCUCUGGAUCGGUUACUGGGGUUCCAAUGUCAACAGUGCCUCCCCCAGCUCCACCCUCCGUGAAAACAACAACAGCUCGGGGAACUGGACCAUCGGAACCAGUGACUCACACGGCCAGGACUGUGUCAGCCCACACGUCCAAGAACCCACCCAGGACCUCUGGAACUACAGACGGACAGCCCCCUGGACCCCGACCUACAUCAACCAAACCUCCAGUCAUUGGGACAACACCAAACCUGGGCACCUCAGGAGCUGGGCCAUCCUCGUCUAAGCACCCUGGCCCCGGACCAGGAGUAACAACUCCACCCUCCGUGAAAACAACAACAGCUCGGGGAACUGGACCAUCGGAACCAGUGACUCACACGGCCAGGACUGUGUCAGCCCACACGUCCAAGAACCCACCCAGGACCUCUGGAACUACAGACGGACAGCCCCCUGGACCCCGACCUACAUCAACCAAACCUCCAGUCAUUGGGACAACACCAAACCUGGGCACCUCAGGAGCUGGGCCAUCCUCGUCUAAGCACCCCGGCCCCGGACCAGGAGUAACAACUCCACCCUCCGUGAAAACAACAACAGCUCGGGGAACUGGACCAUCGGAACCAGUGACUCACACGGCCAGGACUGUGUCAGCCCACACGUCCAAGAACCCACCCAGGACCUCUGGAACUACAGACGGACAGCCCCCUGGACCCCGACCUACAUCAACCAAACCUCCAGUCAUUGGGACAACACCAAACCUGGGCACCUCAGGAGCUGGGCCAUCCUCGUCUAAGCACCCCGGCCCCGGACCAGGAGUAACAAACAACCAGACGCGCCAGCUGUUGCUGUAUGACGCCAGACACAUGGCGGCAGUCGGUGUGCCUCUCUCCCUCCUCCUAAUAAUCUGUAUCAUUGUCAUCGGAAUUCUCCUCCGGGACGGCGGAUGGGCCAAACUCAAGCGAAGGACAGCAGCACGCUUAAAGAGUUCUCCCAGACAGUCACACUCGUCAGAGGGUGACCCAGUGCAGUUCACAAACCAGGGCUUCCUGGUGGAAGAAAUGUUGAAGUCAUCCCUGAAGACAGGGCAGUUACCACAGGAGAGCAUGCCUGUGGUCACAGCCAGCGCUCUCGACUCUGUCUUGGAACCGGCCGUGGACAGCAGCCCAGGGAAGUUGGGAGCGAUUGGGAGCAGGAACAAUCCCGGGGAUGACUGUGAUGGGAACUCGCUGGAGGAGGUCACGACGGACGGUGAGGUGAAGUCCAUCCUCACCAAAGAGAGGAAGGCUGCAGAGGGCUACAAAGCCGUCUGGUUCAAAGAGGACAUCGAGCCACAGGCCAACGAGGAGCGAGUGAUCGAGUGCCCAGAGGAUGACGACGAAGGAAAGGAUGGUUCCGACAAUGAUGAUGGCGGCUUCUUCUCCAAUCUGUGA